UGGCUUAGAGCCAGAGAUCACCAUCUGUCCGCUCAGUACUAUGCGUAUCCAGCUAAGGGGCGGGGUGGUAGGUUACUAUAGAACCUGUCUUAAGACACUGAAAGAAAAGCAGGAAGUGACCCUUAUAGUGGAGGAGACUACAUGCGCAAGAUUUACAAGGAAGGCAGUAUCCUGUCAGCUUCAGCAAAGCAGAUGCUGCCGACUCUCAACAGAAAACGCACUAACGCUUGUUCAGUUGUUUUGAGCAUGUUUGCAUUUGAAACCUGUAAAACGCAACGUCGGGAAGUUUUCACCUGAAAUUUAAUUUUAAGGUUUUUUUUCCUCGUUAUUUUGACAUCUCGAACAGACCAAAGGCAGUAGAAUGCACAUGAGCUAAGUUGGUCUCUGGUCGGAGACUUCAAGCUAAGCUUUAAGACCUAAAAGUGCCGGAAUACCAGAACAGAUCGUUGCAGGUUGUGUGGAAUUUCACAUUUUGAUGAUGUACGUGGCGUUACUGUUUGCCACUGUAAUGGGAAUGUCUUCGUCUGCUGUUUUAACUCAGAUCGACAGCACUUGUGGUGGUAAUAUUACAAUCACAAGCGCUGGGUACGUGACGUCACCUGGCUACCCGUCGGGGUACCCGCUCUCACAGCAGUGCGUGUGGCUCAUCAGCGCGCCUGACCCGAACAAACGGAUCCUCAUAAACUUCAACCCACAUUUCGACAUAGAGAGCCGUGAGUGCAAGUAUGACUUUCUGGAGGUGUACGAUGGGGACAGUGAGAAGGCGAGUUUGGUGGGGAAGUACUGUGGUAAGAUUGCUCCAUCCCCAAUCACCUCUAGCGGAAAUUUGUUGCUGAUCAAAUUCAACUCUGACUACGAGACCACUGGUGCAGGUUUCAGCAUCCGCUAUGAAUUGCACAGAGCAGUCACAGAAUGUUCCAGAAACUUCACUGCUCUAAGUGGGAUGAUUCAGACACCAGGCUUCCCUGAUAAAUAUCCCAACAACCUGGAGUGCACAUUCAUCAUCUUUGCACCAAAGAUGUCAGAGAUUGUGUUGGAGUUUGAGAUUUUUGACAUGGAAUCUGACACAACACCACCAGCUGGAGCUUCAUGCCGUUAUGACUACUUAGAAAUCUGGGAUGGAUAUCCAACAGUUGGCCCUCAUAUAGGAAGGUAUUGUGGUUCCAGUAGUCCAGGCCGGGUUGUGUCAUACACUGGCAUUUUGUCCCUGUCCAUUCACACAGACAGCGCCAUAACGAAAGAGGGCUUCUCAUCCAUUUACAGGAUCUCCAAUCAAGAACCCAGCCAUGAGCAAGCAAAUGAGUGCCUAUCGCCUUUGGGGAUGGAAUCUGGUGAGAUUAGAGAUGAGAGAAUUAUUGCAUCAUCCAAGUACAAUCCCAGUUGGUCUCCAUCCCGGUCACGAUUAAACUACCACAGUAAUGGCUGGACACCAUCAGAAGAUUCUACCAGGCAAUGGAUACAGGUGGAUCUUGGUUUCCUGCGUUAUGUUUUAGCUAUAGGAACACAAGGAGCCAUCUCUAAGGAAAGUAAAAAAGCUUACUAUGUUAAGAGCUACAAAGUCAGCAUCAGUACCAAUGGGGAAGACUGGAUCUUGGUGAAAGAUGGCAUGAAGCACAAGGUGUUUCAGGGCAAUCACAAUGCCACUGAUGAGGUGCGUACCAAUUUUCCAAAACCCACACUGACACGUUUCAUACGGAUACGACCUCUAACUUGGGAACAAGGCAUCUGUAUGCGCUUUGAAAUAUAUGGCUGCAAGAUAUCAGACUCUCCAUGCUCUAGUAUGUUGGGGAUGGUCUCUGGACAGAUUUUGGACUCUCAGAUCACUGUAUGGCCUGAGGUGGAAAGGGGCUGGUUACCUGAGCAGGCCAGGCUCCUGACAGGCCGCUCUGGCUGGGUGGCACCUGUAUCACUUAUGCCAUCUUCACCACAUGGCACAGCAAACAGUUCCUGGUUAACACUGGACCUUGGUUUUACCCAUUGGGUCACUGCAGUCAUCUUGCAGGGGGGUAAACACAGGGACAAGAUCAUGUUUGUCAGACGCUUCAAACUGGCCUACAGCUCCAACGGAACUGACUGGAGCUACAUACAGGAGGAAAACAGCAACAAAGCUAAGGUAUUCAUGGGCAACCAAAACCAUGACACUCCAGAGGUGUGUUCCAUCAAGCCACUGCUGAUGCGUUUCCUAAGGAUAUAUCCUGAGCGUGGGUCACAUGAUGGCAUGGCCCUCAGACUGGAGUUGCUCGGCUGUGACAUCCAAUUCCCCACUCCUCCUCCUCCUACCACUACAAUAGUAGAUGUAACUACUAACAUCCCAGUAACCAGUCCAGCAAUCACUGGUAUCACCACAAGAGAAGACUGUGAUGACGAAUCUGCAUCUUGUCACAGUGGAACAGGCACAUCUGAAGACUAUGAGCCUAUAGGUACAGUGGCAGAGCCUUUGGAAUCUGACCUCUAUCAUUCACCCUGGCAUGCUGUCAACUGCUUUAACUUCCCAUUAAAAACCUCAAGAGCAUAUCUUUGGUUUGACUGCGACUUUGGCUGGUCAGAUCAACCCUCCUUCUGUGGGUGGAGUCCAGAAAGCAUCGGAAAUGUUGAUUGGCUUUUGCAAAACCAUGACAAACCCUCCAAACAUCAACUCCCCAAUGUGGAUUACACAGGAAAACCAGGAAACUUCAUCUACACAGCACUGACCAGAGAGUCAGAGAACCCAUCAGAGCAAGAGCUAAAGCAGGACACUGAGAUGAAAAAGAAUAGAUGGAUGGAAAAUGAAAAAACUGCAGAGGUUGAACGACAAACUGAGAUGAGGAAUAAAGUUACAUUGGCCCGAUUGGUCAGUUUGCCUGUUACAUUUCUCGAUGAAGAUCUGUGUGUGUCAUUCUGGUACCGGUUCACUGGAAAACACACAGGUGCCCUACACAUUUGGCAACAGAAAGAGGAAGGAGAGGAGGGAGUAGGAGAAAGACAGAGGCUGCAGGGAGAAAUAAAUUACAGACUGAGGAAAGAAAAGAUGAUGGAACAGGAGGUACUUCUUUGGAGGAUGGAAUGGAAAGAGACAAAAGGCUGGAAAGAAGGAAGAGUUUUGAUGCCUCAUGCUGAUAAACCAUACAAGGUGAUUAUUGAGGGUGUUGUUGGCAGUAUAUUAUCUGGACAUAUCUCUGUGGAUAAUGUGAGAAUUAUCCCUGAAAUUAGUGCUGCCGAAUGUAAAGAUCCAGACUUUGAUAUGACUAUAGCUACAGCUGAACCAGAGCCUGCAGAAAGUAAUACUGAGGGGAGUUCUAAGGACUAUGUGUGGAGGAUCGAGCAGCGUGGUGGCUCCAUGCUGAAGACUAUGAAUCCCAUAUUAAUUACAAUCAUUGUGAUGAGUGCUGUGGGUGUGCUUCUGGGAGCUGUGUGUGUUGCAGUGCUAUACUGUGUCCGUUCUUACAAUCCUGACCGAACCACUUCUGCCCUCGAGAACUAUAAAUUUGAGCUAGUUGAUGGCCUUAAGCUCACGAAGAAGAAAACAAGGGCACAGAAAUCAUGCACAGAGGCAUAAGGGCCAAUGCUAUGCUAAUUCUAAACAACCAUUUAAUAAAAGCUGGAGACUGACGGCCAGAGGGCGGUCUAGAUAUUUAAAUAUUUUUCUAUAUCGUUUUAAACUUAAAAAGUGCCUUUGUACUGUAGAUGAUGGUUUUUUUGUUUGUUUGUUUUUUUACAUCUGGACUCACUGCAGACCUAAUUUUCCAACUGCCAUUGCACUUUUUGUGCCAUUUCAAACAUCCCUGUUCCCAAUGAGUACAGUCAAUUGAGUUUCUUAUUGUCCUUCCAUGUAACCAAAUCUUAUUUGUUCGUUUCCUAUUUCAACACUUUUAAAUACCAGGGAGCGGUGUUUCAACACUUGGAUACCUUCUUGCACACAUGAUGAGAUCUUUACCACAAAGUCUUUAUGAUGACCUUAUGAUGUAACACAAUGUCAUUGAUUGAAAAAGGAGCAAUUCAGACUUUCAUUGAGGAAAAUUAGUUGCCAGGUGGUAGUGCUUCUUGUGCCCUACUUGAAUGGAUUUAGAUGCAUAUGUUAGUUUAUUGUAGUGGUAGUUUUACUGCAUUUCUUUACACACAGAAAAAAAGCACCACGUACAUAAUAAACAUUUGAUUAUUAAGAAAUUACUUAUGUAUGUCAUGUUUAUAAAACAAAGUUUGUAAAUCA